AUGUCGCAGACCGCACUUAUCACAGGCGCCAACUCCGGAAUCGGUAAGUCCAACCUACAACAAGGUCAAUCUCUUCAGGAUUACACACUCUGAAGAGGCUUUAUGCGACUGGUCACUACUCCAAGAUCAUUGGAAUUGCGAGAGAUGCUCAAAAGUGUAACAAUGCUCUCGAAGCCUUGUCCAGCAUCACAGCGCCCGCAGGAGAAACCACAGUGGAAUUCUACACAGUAAGUACUAUCAUAUGAUAUUAAAUUGAGAAAAUUGACAACCUCUUCACACCUUUAGUAUAUAUUUACCUAGCAAAUGCCUUUUUAUUACUUCUACACUGAUGUAUAUGAAUUUAUGCGCUACUAUAACAUUACUUUUGGGCAAAUAUUUAAGAAGCAACAAAAAUUUCUCUUUUUUUGCAAUAUUGCUGAAAAUGAAUAUAAAUGAAACUGCCUUAUUUAAAAUCCUUUAAAAAUCGUUAUUUCAGUGCGAUUUAACUUCUCCUAGCCAAGUGCAGAAGCUAUACGAUGAGGAUCUGAAGGGAAUCGACAAACUGGACCUGAUCGUGAACAAUGCUGGUGUUAUGGAUCACCCAUUGACGGUGGGUUUUGUUUAUGUUUGCUCAUAACUGUUUAUUGUUUAGUUCACCGACCAUGGUAUCGAAUAUCAUUUCGCUGCAAAUUAUCUGGGACACUUCCAAUUGACAAAGCUUUUACUCAACAAGUUAUCACACGAUGCUCGCAUUAUCAACGUUACCUCAGGACACUACAAAAAGGUAACUAUGGACAGCGAGUCGUAAAUUUUAGAAACGCGAAGUUGUUUAUCAACAAAGUUUAAAGAAACGGGGAACACAUCAUUCCGAAAAAAUUUGAUUGAAAAUGGGCGAUUUUUUUAUAAAUUGUCGAACAUUGGUAUAAAAUAUUAUAAAAUAUAUUUUAAUAAAUGACUAAUUUAAAGAUUAUUUUUAUUGUAUUUAGAAAACCACAAACUUUCUAAUCACCUAGCUCAACUUAUCAUCCCGAAAAACUCAAUUUUAGACAAACAAGGUGCCAGUGUUGGAGACCAUCAAGAUUGUUGAUGGAAAGAAACCUCGCGGCUCGCCCAAGUUCUUCUACGCCCAAAGCAAACUUUCUCAAUGUUUGUAUACCCUUGCCCUCAAAGAUUACCUCGAAUCGAAUGGUCGCGGAUCCGUGAAAGUGCUUUCGGUCAGGCCCGGCUUCAUUCGCGGCACCGAACUCGGCAGAUAUCACAGUAAAUUCAUCAGGACUCUGGCCAUUCCAUUGGUGUUGUUGUUUUCGAAAAACUUGGAGAAGGUAAGCGAAAUUAAAUUACAAUUAGGUCUGACUCAUAACAGCUUUAGUUUUGCAGACUAGACAUUUCAAGACUUACUAUACUUUAUUUGAGUUUUUCGAAAUUUUGCUAUUUAUAAAAGCUAUGUUUGAUAAGCUUUAUCAAUCGCUUUGAAUAAGAUACUGCAGAAGGUUGACCGAGUUUAUAUAUGACAUACUUUCAACUUUUAAUGCAAAUGCAGUCUUAGAAUCAUUAAAACUUUAUUUAUAAACUAAUUGGUCUAUGCAAGAUGUAGAACGACUCCAGAAGCUGCAUUACAAGUAGCUAGUAAUUAAUUUGUCGUACUUUUACGACGUAAUUGUUUCUGGAAGAGGCUCUAAAUAUACUUUUUUAAAUGUUUCUGAACGCUCGGUAAAGGCGAAUGAACUCUGAGUUCUCUUGCCGAUAAUUACUGUUUGAUAAGGAAACAGUGGAUCAAAGUUUGGACGUGAACGUCAUCCGCGGGAUUAUCGGUGUUCUUUUUUGGGAUCUCUGCAAACCUUUUCUCAUUUUAUGUGAGAAUUGUUAAGACCAUCUUGACUUCAUUUAAUCCAUUUACUUUCAGGGCACGGACGGAAUUGUUUUUUGUGCGACCGCACCCUCGGGCGAUGUUCAGUCUGGCAAGCUGUAUUGUAACAAGAACGUUGAGGAAUACAACCGCUUGGUGACCGAGGAGAAUGCCAAGAACUUGUGGCAACUCAGCGAGAAGUUGCUGGCUGUUUAA